AUGUCGCAAUAUGAUGACGACUCUUUGUUCGCCUCUAUGGGUGGCGGCGCCGACCACAACGGUUUUCAAUUUGAGAUAGGGGCCGGGCAUAGCAGAUUUGGCGAUGGCGACGAACAGAGCGUCAGUAUCAGCAACGAGUUGCCGACGACAGUCUUCUUUCCGCCCAUCGACUUGACCCCCGACGACCUCCCAGAGGGCCGGCGCCAGCGCCUCGCGCCGUCGGUGCACAGCGACAACUCCGACUCGUACAUCUUGAGCGCGCGCGGCGGGCACCGCGGCGGGCCCGAUUCCGUGCUCAGCAGCGCGCACGACGGCAUGACCAAGUCAUCCCGGACCGAGACCUCAUCGCAGGCUCAGCGCGAGAUGGACGCGGCGGCCGGCGGCGGUGCUCUCCUCGACGACAUCGACGAGGUGCCCGACAUUGUCACGGUGGAGCCCACCGCCGCAAGCAAUAUUGGCGCCGCGGAUCACUGGAACCAGGUGGGCUUGACGCCGAGGACCACCGGCUUGCAGGCAUCGUCCAACUCGGCCAUGGCGGCUGCGGCCAGGGCGUUGUCGGCAUCACAGAGCCCAGCGUUGGCAUCGCAAGGCAUAGUAUCAGCACCGCAUGAAAUGGUGUCGGCACCGCAGGAUACAGCAUCGUCGGUAGGGACGGGGACGGCGCGGUCAACAACGACGGGCUCAGCGCGGAGCACGCGUGCCAACGCUGCCAGCAGCGACAGUGGCGCGGCGGAAGUCGUCGCUCGCCUACCCUGCGAGUUUGCGCGGUACAAGGGCUGCCAGGAGACAUUUCCUCUGUAUCGAUCCGGGGAGGGCGUCGAGGAAUGGACAGAUCACAUGGUGAGGACGCAGACGCACCUGAACUACCAGUAUCCCGAAAGGUCGGGCUGCUGGUUCUGCGACGAAAAGUUCCGUGUCAACGAGCACGACUCCCGCGCUGCCCAAAUCGACAUGUACAACAAGCGCAUGAAGCAUAUUGCCCGGCAUUACCUCGAGGAGGGGCGGCAGGCCACGGCCGCCCCUCGCCCAGAUGCAGACUUUGAGGCGCACUUGAUCGCAUACGGCAUAUGGGACAAUGUUCCGGCGGAUCAGGCCAACGACGACGGCGACGCGGUGGCGAGAGUGCCGUCGGCCAAUCAUGUCCGCCCCAUGCAUAUCGAGACUCAGCCGGGAAGAACCCCCCGGAGCGCCUGGAGCAAUGUAAGCCUCGUCACAGAGCGGGCGCCGCGAGCGAAUAGAAAUGGCACCAGGGAGCCGCCUCGACAAGUAUUGCAUCGCCAGUGA